CUCUCCGUCGCGCCGGGCGGCGGCUCGGUGGCGGCGGCAGCCAUGGUGCUGUCGGCGGUGCAGCAGGUGAUGGUCUCGGUCGUGCUGGUGCUCUGCGUCUUCGUCGUCAUGCCCAGGAUGUUCGGAGGAGGAGGCAGCGGCGGCGGGCGGGCCGGCCGGUCUCCGCAGGGCGGCAAGGCCAGCCCCGGCCAUUACGAUCCCCGUCAGCACCGCAGAGAUAGUCCUCAGACAGUUCAUCAAGUUCACCUGAAUCCAGGAAGUUCUGACAGUAAUGCUUAUCAGAGUAUUCAGCAGAUGAGAAAUGCGAUGGAAAAAGAAAGAAAGAGUGAGAGAACAAGAGGAAAUGGCAGAGAGUUAGCGUUCACCCUCAUGCCGUUGUAUGCUCUUGGAGUGGGAGUGUUUGCAGCAUACAAAUUUCUUAAGAUGAAGUCACGUGAAGAAAAUCUCUGCAAAAAAGAAAAAAGUACAGAGGAGAAGGCAAAAGAAACAGAGCAUCAGCUUUUAGAACUGGAACAGCACCUAGCACAGACAGAGAAAAUGUUAAAUUCUUUACUGACUCAGUUGGAUCCACUGUCAAACUGUGUUAAUGCUUUGGCUUGUGAGCAGAAAGAUGAAAUAAUGGCACAGCUCCAAUCAAUUAGACGACUGAUGAAAGAAAGUGGACUGGAUAAAUCAGAAAACAAUAUGAAAGAUUUCAGCCACGUUUGUAAUGAGAAGCUUGAAGAUCUCAUUCAGUCAUUUGCUGAACACUCUCAAGAGAAGGACAUGGAUGACAGAGAAGAUGACAGUAAUGAAGAUUUGCUUGAAGAUGUUGAUAAUGAUUACAAAAUAGAAGAGCAUGAAUUAUAUGAUGAAUGUGAAGUGCAUCAGUUUGAGACAGAUGUGGUAGAAGACCAAGAAAUGAUCAACAGUGAUGCCUUUGAAUCAGAAGAGCUGGGAUUGAGGAGACGUAAUAAACAUGAGUGAAGUCUUCAUAUGUAAAACUUUAAAAAGCUUAUGAAAUAAGUUUUUUAUAUGUUGUAUGCACUUUAAACUGUUUUGAAUGAAGUUAUGUGCACUGCUGUAUGCUUUAAAAGAGGGGUGAAAUACUGCCUGUGCUCACAUCUAAGGCUAUUCUGUAACUGACUUCCGUGACAGUGGAAUUUUACUCAGGACAUUUAUAUAUUUUUUUCUAUUUAUUUUUGUCCUAUAAAAGUAUUUCUGUACUCUGUAUAUAAUGCACUGCAAUUAUAUCUGAUGCUUCACUAAAAUAUUAGAAUAUCUUGUAAUUAAGACUGUGAAGAAUAGAUGCUUCAGAAAUGUUUUGUAAUUAGUAAGCAUGGUGGCACUUGAACUGGGACUUUCUGGAGUUCAUUAAAGAGCAUGCACUGAUGAAUUUAGCUCUUUGUGGAAAACUUGUCUCUGGCAGGGGAAUGAGAAGCAGUAUGGUUUAAGGCCUAGAAAUGCAUUAACAGUCAAGUUUCUGUAUUUGGAGAGAAAUUUUGCCACAGAUACUUUUAAAUUAAUUGUGUCUAAGCUUGCUGUCUGCUCAGGAAUGAUGCCUUUGUAUGUCAAUUUAAACCUGAGUGUAUUACACUGUAUCAGCUUCUUCCUGACCUGUCACUGGUUAAACUCAGGAGCUGCCUAAUAAUUGACUGAUACCCAUUCGUAUUAUACUCCUGUUGCAUAUUAAACACGAUAGAAUUCAGCCUUUUCUUUCAUUGUAAUACACUUUUUCAUACAUCAGUAUUAACAGUUUGGUGUUAAGCAAUUGUUUGGCUUUGCCAGAAUAAUUUUGGUCCAUACUUUGAUUUUCUGCUAAUUUUUUGUUCACUUAAUGCAAAUGCCUAUGGAACUGCUGCCCUUCAAUGACGGGAACUACAUUAGAGGUAGAUCUUGACAGUACAAUGCUGUUAAUUUUCUGGUUUGUAAUUGCAUAGCUUUUAAGUAGGCCAGUUAUAAUGCCUGAACUCUUUUGCCAUCUUUAUGCUUACAGGAAUAUAACACAUGGAUUUGUUUUUGUGGAGGAAAUAUGCUGUAGUUCAAGGGAUCCAAUCUAUUACUGUGUCACUCAGUGAAAUGAAAUGAAUUGUUCAUUCUUGUGGAGAAACAUGGUACAUGUGAUUCUAAAAAUGGAUCUUGCAGGCUUGGAAGGGGCAGCGUCCAGAAAUAUAUUCUUAGUGUAUUAGUGGUACGGCACUAAGUGAGAUUUUACCCAGCUUUGGAAAACUGAUUGACCAAAAAGCCAGGAGUAUUCAAUAGGCAGCAGAUUUUUCCCCAAGACAGAGAAAAUGAAUAAAAAGACCUGGUUCUUGGACUCCAUUUGUGGGGAUUUUUGGUUGGUUUUUUGGUUUUGUGUUUUGUUUUGUUUUUUUUUUUUAAUAACUGAUGUAGAUUUUUUUCACUCAAGAAAACUGAAGCUGUUUAAAAAAAAAUCGUAAUUGCGUAGAGGCUGUGUUCUGAGAUGACUAAUAAAGCUAUUUAAAAUGAA